UUGUUGGUCUGUGAAUGUUUUACCGCGUGUUAAAGUAUACGACAGCCAUGUAAAACAAUGAUUUGUGUUUCAGUGACGUGUUCGGCGCAGGUUUGAAACGGGAUCAACGCUGUCUGCGAGACGCAGCAUUGACACCGUUUUGUUGGCUGUGUAGGCCUGGACAGAGUUAGCGAUAUGUGAAUUCGUCCAUAGUUGCCAAUAUAUCUUGGCUAGUAGAAAGGGUUGGAAGCAAUUUUUCAACUAACCAGGGCCUCGUUUUCCAGAGCCUUUGUAGCGUUAAUAUCAUCGUUAGAACCUUCUUACGAUGUAGCUUUAGUAGCCCAGGUGUUUCCCAGAGCCUUUGUAGUGUUAAUAUCACCGUUAGAACCUUCUUACGAUGUAGCUUUAGUAGCCCAGGUGUUUCCCAGAGCCUUUGUAGCGUUAAUAUCACCGUUAGAACCUUCUUACGAUGUAGCUUUAGUAGCCCAGGUGUUUCCCAGAGCCUUUGUAGCGUUAAUAUCACCGUUAGACCCUUCUUACGAUGUAGCUUUAGUAGCCCAGGUGUUUCCCAGAGCCUUUGUAGCGUUAAUAUCAUCAUUAGAACCUUCUUACGAUGUAGCUUUAGUAGCCCAGGUGUUUCCCAGAGCCUUUGUAGCGUUAAUAUCACCGUUAGAACCUUCUUACGAUGUAGCUUUAGUAGCCCAGGUGUUUCCCAGAGCCUUUGUAGUGUUAAUAUCAUCAUUAGAACCUUCUUACGAUGUAGCUCUAGUAGCCCAGGUGUUUCCCAGAGCCUUUGUAGCGUUAAUAUCAUCAUUAGAACCUUCUUACGAUGUAGCUUUAGUAGCCCAGGUGUUUCCCAUAGCCUUUGUAGCGUUAAUAUCAUCAUUAGAACCUUCUUACGAUGUAGGUUUAGUAGCCCAGGUGCUUCCCAGAGCCUUCGUUAGUAAAGCAGCUCUGAAAAACCUUUGCACAUCUCUGAGUGAUCCAGACCACUCGUAGAGCAGCCAAGGUGCACCGUUAGAUGCUUUUUUUGCCAUUCCGCAUCACUGUAUUCAUAGAGGAUCUCCGAUCUCCAUGUUGAUUCUAUCUGUCUGACUGCCACUGUUGAUAACUAUAGAACGAAGUUGACUACAAAUACAAAGUAUCCAAAGUAUUUGCAAUUGUUACAAACAAGUGAAGGAUAAAUGAAUGCUUCAAAUGAAAACCGAGAUGACUGCAUUAAAAUAUAUAUAGGCUGCACGGGCCUCUAUAGGCUAGUUCAGUUAUACUGAAAUCUAUUUCUUGUUCAGUCAAUGGAGUUCUAUUUUGCGACUAGGCUACUGUCUGUAAAAAAAAAUGUUUUGCCUCAAUGUGUUUCAUGAUGUGUGACAACAUGUGCCCAAUCUGUGAUUUUGUGCAUUAUUAUUAGGGAAGCAUAAUAAACCACCUCAAUAACCUUUUUGCAGCCAUAGGUGGUAAUUUCUCUCUAGGAGCUUAUCUGUCAUCACUAUUGUGAAAUAGUUCUAAUGUUAAGGUAAGAUUUGAAUGGACAAAGCUGACCCGAGAGCAGCGCUGCCUUUCUUUUGAUCCUAUCAGUAUCGACACAUGGUCUAACGACGCACUUAGUGAACGUUCGCUAUGUGCUUGUUUGGGGAAACACUUCAAAUGUUGGCUCAUAAAUAACGUAAAUAAAGAUGCAUCUGGUUACAUCGCAACUGGGAAACGAGGACCUGUUCUUGCACCAUACAUUCUUUGUUCGGAAGAAAGGUGUAUCUUAUCAAUGUCCAUGUUCAGUUGCAGGUGGUUCUCCAAAAACCAGAGAAGAUUCAGAAAGAUAGUAAAAAUCGAAGUUUUGUAUCGAGAGAGAAAUGCCUCAUGCAUGUGUUUGGAUCUUUGUUUUGGUCGCACUGUGUGAUGCGCUGUCAUCUAUUUUUACACGUGGCCAUGGACGCGUCGCAUAGAAAUGACUAGUUCCUGUAAAGAUGUUGGGAAAUGCUAGAUGUCUGGCAGCAAAUAUGGCGAGGGAACUCCUCACUUGGUGCAAAACAUGGAUUUUACAAACCUUUUCAAAUAUUCUCUGGUUUUGGCAGAACCACGUGCAACUGAACACAGACAUUUAUAAGAUAAACUUUACUUCCGAAUCAAGAAUGAAGAAAGUAUUAGCAAAACAUUACUUAUUGUUAGUUUGUGUCCCUUAUAUUAGGUAGGUAGGAUUAAAAGAAAUAGUUGAGUCUGCCCGAAGUGAAUGAGCUGGUAUUCAGGCAAAAGAUUUGGUGUUGCUUUGGCAGUCCAACUAGUUGAAUCUUCUUUGUUAUAUGUUUUGUUUGUACAUUUGUCUUAUUUUGUUACCACUUCCCCAGAGCCUUCCAGGGCUUGUUGUCUUUUGGGGGGUUAUUUUGUUACCACUUCCCCAGAGCCUUCCAGGGCUUGUUGUCUUUUGGGGGGUUAUUUUGUUACCACUUCCCCAGAGCCUUCCAGGGCUUGUUGUCUUUUGGGGGGUUAUUUUGUUACCACUUCCCCAGAGCCUUCCAGGGCUUGUUGUCUUUUGGGGGGUUAUUUUGUUACCACUUCCCCAGAGGCUUCCAGGGCUUGUUGUCUUUUGGGGGGUUAUUUUGUUACCACUUCCCCAGAGCCUUCCAGGGCUUGUUGUCUUUUGGGGGGUUAUUUUGUUACCACUUCCCCAGAGCCUUCCAGGGCUUGUUGUCUUUUGGGGGGUUAUUUUGUUACCACUUCCCCAGAGCCUUCCAGGGCUUGUUGUCUUUUGGGGGGUUAUUUUGUUACCACUUCCCCAGAGCCUUCCAGGGCUUGUUGUCUUUUGGGGGGUUAUUUUGUUACCACUUCCCCAGAGUCUUCCAGGGCUUGUUGUCUUUUGGGGGGUUAUUUUGUUACCACUUCCCCAGAGCCUUCCAGGGCUUGUUGUCUUUUGGGGGGUUAUUUUGUUACCACUUCCCCAGAGCCUUCCAGGGCUUGUUGUCUUUUGGGGGGUUAUUUUGUUACCACUUCCCCAGAGGCUUCCAGGGCUUGUUGUCUUUUGGGGGGUUAUUUUGUUACCACUUCCCCAGAGCCUUCCAGGGCUUGUUGUCUUUUGGGGGGUUAUUUUGUUACCACUUCCCCAGAGCCUUCCAGGGCUUGUUGUCUUUUGGGGGGUUAUUUUGUUACCACUUCCCCAGAGCCUUCCAGGGCUUGUUGUCUUUUGGGGGGUUAUUUUGUUACCACUUCCCCAGAGCCUUCCAGGGCUUGUUGUCUUUUGGGGGGUUAUUUUGUUACCACUUCCCCAGAGUCUUCCAGGGCUUGUUGUCUUUUGGGGGGUUAUUUUGUUACCACUUCCCCAGAGGCUUCCAGGGCUUGUUGUCUUUUGGGGGGUUAUUUUGUUACCACUUCCCCAGAGUCUUCCAGGGCUUGUUGUCUUUUGGGGGGUUAUUUUGUUACCACUUCCCCAGAGCCUUCCAGGGCUUGUUGUCUUUUGGGGGGUUAUUUUGUUACCACUUCCCCAGAGCCUUCCAGGGCUUGUUGUCUUUUGGGGGGUUAUUUUGUUACCACUUCCCCAGAGCCUUCCAGGGCUUGUUGUCUUUUGGGGGGUUAUUUUGUUACCACUUCCCCAGAGCCUUCCAGGGCUUGUUGUCUUUUGGGGGGUUAUUUUGUUACCACUUCCCCAGAGCCUUCCAGGGCUUGUUGUCUUUUGGGGGGUUAUUUUGUUACCACUUCCCCAGAGCCUUCCAGGGCUUGUUGUCUUUUGGGGGGUUAUUUUGUUACCACUUCCCCAGAGCCUUCCAGGGCUUGUUGUCUUUUGGGGGGUUAUUUUGUUACCACUUCCCCAGAGUCUUCCAGGGCUUGUUGUCUUUUGGGGGGUUAUUUUGUUACCACUUCCCCAGAGCCUUCCAGGGCUUGUUGUCUUUUGGGGGGUUAUUUUGUUACCACUUCCCCAGAGUCUUCCAGGGCUUGUUGUCUUUUGGGGGGUUAUUUUGUUACCACUUCCCCAGAGCCUUCCAGGGCUUGUUGUCUUUUGGGGGGUUAUUUUGUUACCACUUCCCCAGAGCCUUCUAGGGCUUGUUGUCUUUUGGGGGGUUAUUUUGUUACCACUUCCCCAGAGCCUUCCAGGGCUUGUUGUCUUUUGGGGGGUUAUUUUGUUACCACUUCCCCAGAGGCUUCCAGGGCUUGUUGUCUUUUGGGGGGUUAUUUUGUUACCACUUCCCCAGAGCCUUCUAGGGCUUGUUGUCUUUUGGGGGGUUAUUUUGUUACCACUUCCCCAGAGUCUUCCAGGGCUUGUUGUCUUUUGGGGGGUUAUUUUGUUACCACUUCCCCAGAGCCUUCCAGGGCUUGUUGUCUUUUGGGGGGUUAUUUUGUUACCACUUCCCCAGAGUCUUCCAGGGCUUGUUGUCUUUUGGGGGGUUAUUUUGUUACCACUUCCCCAGAGCCUUCCAGGGCUUGUUGUCUUUUUGGGGGGUUAUUUUGUUACCACUUCCCCAGAGCCUUCCAGGGCUUGUUGUCUUUUGGGGGGUUAUUUUGUUACCACUUCCCCAGAGCCUUCCAGGGCUUGUUGUCUUUUGGGGGGUUAUUUUGUUACCACUUCCCCAGAGCCUUCCAGGGCUUGUUGUCUUUUGGGGGGUUAUUUUGUUACCACUUCCCCAGAGCCUUCCAGGGCUUGUCUUUUUGGGGGGUUAUUUUGUUACCACUUCCCCAGAGCCUUCCAGGGCUUGUUGUCUUUUGGGGGGUUAUUUUGUUACCACUUCCCCAGAGCCUUCCAGGGCUUGUUGUCUUUUGGGGCUUGUUGUCUUUUUGGGGGGUUAUUUUGUUACCACUUCCCCAGAGCCUUCCAGGGCUUGUUGUCUUUUGGGGGGUUAUUUUGUUACCACUUCCCCAGAGCCUUCCAGGGCUUGUUGUCUUUUGGGGCUUGUUGUCUUUUUGGGGGGUUAUUUUGUUACCACUUCCCCAGAGCCUUCCAGGGCUUGUUGUCUUUUGGGGGGUUAUUUUGUUACCACUUCCCCAGAGCCUUCCAGGGCUUGUUGUCUUUCGGGGGGUUAUUUUGUUACCACUUCCCCAGAGCCUUCCAGGGCUUGUUGUCUUUUGGGGGGUUAUUUUGUUACCACUUCCCCAGAGCCUUCCAGGGCUUGUUGUCUUUUGGGGGGUUAUUUUGUUACCACUUCCCCAGAGCCUUCCAGGGCUUGUUGUCUUUUGGGGGGUUAUUUUGUUACCACUUCCCCAGAGCCUUCCAGGGCUUGUUGUCUUUUGGGGGGUUAUUUUGUUACCACUUCCCCAGAGCCUUCCAGGGCUUGUUGUCUUUUGGGGGGUUAUUUUGUUACCACUUCCCCAGAGCCUUCCAGGGCUUGUUGUCUUUUGGGGGGUUAUUUUGUUACCACUUCCCCAGAGCCUUCCAUGGCUUGUUGUCUUUUUGGGGGUUAUUUUGGUUAGAGAGCAGUGGCAAGUCUUAAGAAUUAAUGUGUGUGCUUUAGCAUGCUAAUUAUCACAAGUGUGUUAUCUUUCAAAUAAUGUUUCAUAUUGAGUAUGCUAUCUAACAGAGAAUGUUUCAUAUUGAGUAUGCUAUCUAACAGAGAAUGUUUCAUAUUGAGUAUGCUAUCUAACAGAGAAUGUUUCAUAUUGAGUAUGAUAUCUAACAGAGAAUGUUUCAUAUUGAGUAUGCUAUCUAACAGAGAAUGUUUCAUAUUGAGUAUGAUAUCUAACAGAGAAUGUUUCAUAUUGAGUAUGAUAUCUAACAGAGAAUGUUUCAUAUUGAGUAUGCUAUCUAACAGAGAAUGUUUCAUAUUGAGUAUGCUAUCUGACAGAGAAUGUUUCAUGUUGAGUAUGCUAUCUAACAGAGAAUGUUUCAUAUUGAGUAUGCUAUCUAACAGAGAAUGUUUCAUAUUGAGUAUGCUAUCUAACAGAGAAUGUUUCAUAUUGAGUAUGAUAUCUAACAGAGAAUGUUUCAUAUUGAGUAUGCUAUCUAACAGAGAAUGUUUCAUAUUGAGUAUGAUAUCUAACAGAGAAUGUUUCAUAUUGAGUAUGCUAUCUAACAGAGAAUGUUUCAUAUUGAGUAUGCUAUCUAACAGAGAAUGUUUCAUAUUGAGUAUGAUAUCUAACAGAGAAUGUUUCAUAUUGAGUAUGCUAUCUAACAGAGAAUGUUUCAUAUUGAGUAUGCUAUCUAACAGAGAAUGUUUCAUAUUGAGUAUGAUAUCUAACAAAGAAUGUUUCAUAUUGAGUAUGCUAUCUAACAGAGAAUGUUUCAUAUUGAGUAUGAUAUCUAACAAAGAAUGUUUCAUCGGGUAUGAUAUCUAACAAAGAAUGUUUCAUCGGGUAUGAUAUCUAACAGAGAAUGUUUCAUCGGGUAUGAUAUCUAACAGAGAAUGUUUCAUCGGGUAUGCCGUCUUACAAAUAUUUAAUCUUAAUAUUAUCUUACAAUGAUUGUGAAUAUACUCUCUAAGUUUGCAUGAUAUUCUCCUUGAAGUGUUUUACAUGCAAGGUUUGAGUCUUGGAGAUGUGGUAGUAUUUCUUGCCCUGCUGCUAAUCCAUUGUUUGUGCCCUCUAUGUUAAUAAACCUUGGCACUUUGGUUAACUAUUGUUCAUCUCAAUCAUUUGACAGACCUGUGCUUAACUUGUCCCGGGGACCUCCCAUCGUGUAUACAUAAAGGUGGCGCAGUACAGUUUACAUAUCUCUAAAAACACACUAUCUUUCAGAAACUCUCUCACCUUUUCUGUCUACUCAUCUCUCUUUUCUGUCUACCCAUCUCUCUUUUCUGUCUACCCAUCUCUAUUUUCUAUCUACCCAUCUAUCAUGUCAUUAUUUCCCUCUCUAAAUCUCCAUCUACACUCCACAAGGUAUAACAGCUACUAUGGAAGAAUUCCCAUAUUGGCGAUUUAAGAGAGUAUGGCUUACCAACUUUAAAGAUUUGCACUUUUUUGUAAAAUGAAUAAAGUCUAUUUGAUUAUGUUGGGUUCUUAAUAAAGUAUAAAAGUUUUGAUGUUGCUAUUAUUUAAAUAAACUGGUGUUACACCCCCCCCCCCCUAUCUCUCUUACCUCCCGCCUCUCCCCACAGACUGACAACCACAAACAGCCAGACAUUUACUAAACAGACACCCACGGCACUCCACCCUACCUCCUGAAGUACAACCUCUCCCUGAGUGUGUCAAGGUUACGCACUCUUCCCCACGGCCUCCAUCUUAACCUGUGGAUUUACAUGUGACAGCAAAGGUCAAGGAAUGAAUGCGCUGUGACGUUGUCCAGUUGGAAGGCAGAUAAGAUGGCCUCUGGGUCAAAGUCAGCAUUGUUUGUUAUAAUUGCAACAACCAACACGCCACCGAACAAAGGCUCAUGGCCUUGGUUUCUAUACUGGCAACUUAUGUUUCAAAUGUGAGAAUAAAUGUACAAACACAGUUGUUUAUGCUCGCUU